AUGUCUGAUCCAAGUGCCGAGCUCGAAUCCGUUCUCCGCAACCUGUCCAUAGGUGAAAAGGGUCCAGUGCCAGAAAUUUCCCGGCCAGAUGUGAAAAAAACCCAAACAGCCGUGACUCCAGCAAAAUCCAUCCCCAAAAAAACCAGCAAACCCGUCGCAGAUUCCUGGGAAGAUGAAGCAGACCUCUCCGCCUCGGAAGGCGAAGAUGCCCAGCCCCACAAAGACACUACCCCAGUGCUCUCUCCAACCAUCAGCGCUGAGGGACCACUAGAUCCUCCACCGACACCUCUUUCCCCGCAGAUAUCAGCCCCGUGGAUGCCAAGAGCUGUUUCUCCUGCUUCGGCGCAGGCUGGUCCUGCCCGUCGCCCGGAGAAGCAGACGGCUGUUGCGGAGCGGAUGAUUGCCGGUGCGUUGGGGAUCCGAGCCCCGAAGCGGACAGAGCAACAGCGCGCUUACGACCGCUCGAUUAAGGAGCAGGAGAUUCGGAGGAGGAAUCGCGAGCGCGAGGAGAAGGCUAAGGCUAAGGAGGAGGAGGAAAAGAUGAAGGCUUCUAUUUGGAGUAGCUAG